AUGAAGACCCUGCUGGGCGGCAAGGGCGCCAACCUCGCGGAGAUGAACCGAAUCGGCCUCUCCGUCCCCGCGGGAUUCACCGUCACCACCGAGACGUGCGCCGCGUUCCACGAAAACGGCGGCGAGCUCCCGGCAGGCUGCUGGGACGAGAUGCUCGAGGGACUCGCCUUUGUGGAGAAGUGCAUGGGGAAGAAGCUGGGCGACGCGUCCGACCCCUUGCUCCUCUCCGUCCGCUCCGGCGCGGCGGUCUCCAUGCCCGGCAUGAUGGACACCGUCCUCAACCUCGGACUCAACGACGACGUCGCCGAGGGACUCGCCGCCAAAGCCGGCGAGAAGUUUGCGUACGAUUCCUACCGCCGAUUCCUGGACAUGUACGGAGACGUGGUCAUGGGCAUCGAGCACCACCUGUUCGAGCACCAGAUCGACUCGCUGAAGAAGGAGGUUGGCGUCGCGCAGGACAACGAACUCACCGCGGAGCACCUGAGGGAGCUCGUUAAGCGGUACAAGAAGGUUUACGAAGCCGAGGGGAAGAUGUUCCCGCAGGAGCCCCUCGAGCAGAUGCGCCUCGCGGCGAACGCGGUGUUUGACAGCUGGAACAGCGACCGCGCGAAGAAGUACAUGGCGAUCAACCAGAUCACCGGCCUGAAGGGCACCGCGGUGAACAUCCAGGCCAUGGUGUUCGGCAACAUGGGCGAAACCUCGGGCACCGGGGUUUGCUUCACGCGCAACCCCUCCACGGGCGAGAACCUCCUCUACGGAGAGUACCUGGUCAACGCCCAGGGCGAGGACGUCGUCGCGGGCAUCCGCACGCCCGAGGAUAUCCUCACCAUGAAGACCGCCCUGCCGCAGGCGUACGAAGAUCUCGUGCGAAACACCCAACUGCUCGAGAAGCACUACAAGGACAUGCAGGACAUCGAGUUCACCGUGCAGGAGGGUAAGCUGUACAUGCUUCAGACGAGGAGCGGCAAGCGCACCGGCGCGGGCGCCGUGAAGAUCGCGGUGGACCUCGUGGAGGACGGCAUGAUCGACAGGCAGCGCGCGGUGCAGAUCGUGGAGCCCACGCACGUGGACCAGCUCCUCCAUCCGCAGUUCAAGGACGAGUCGGCGUACGCCGCGGACGUCAUCGGCGUCGGCCUGCCCGCGUCACCCGGCGCAGCCGUCGGCCAGGUUGUCUUUGACACCGAAACCGCCGAGGAGCUCAACGCGCAGGGCAAGAAGUGCAUCCUGGUGCGCGUGGAGACCUCACCCGAGGACGUGGGCGGGAUGAACGCGGCGGAGGGUAUCCUCACCGCGAGAGGAGGCAUGACGAGCCACGCGGCGGUGGUGGCGCGCGGGUGGGGCAAGACGUGCGUGUCGGGAUGCUCCGAGCUCGUCGUCGACGAGGAGAACAGGUGGCUCUCGCUGGGCGGCGUCAAGCUGCACGAGGGCGACUGGGUGUCCCUCAACGGCACCACCGGCGAGGUCAUCCGCGGUCAGGUUGAGCUCGCCCCACCGGCAAUCUCCGGCGAUCUCGACAAGUUCAUGACCUGGGUCGACGAGUUCCGACGCCUCAAGGUUCUCGCCAACGCGGACACCCCCGAGGACGCCAAGACGGCGAGGGAUAACGGCGCCGAGGGCAUCGGGCUCGUUCGCACCGAGCACAUGUUCUUCGGCACCGGCGAGAGAAUCAUGGCCGUGCGCCGCAUGAUCAUGGCCGCGGACACCGCGACGCGUGAGGCGGCGCUGACCGACCUCCUCCCGUACCAGCGCGAGGAUUUCGAGGGGAUCUUCCGCGCCAUGGACGGGUGCCCGGUGACGAUUCGUCUUCUCGACCCGCCGCUUCACGAGUUUCUCCCCGACGGCGACCUCGACGAGAUCGUCGCGAUGCUCUCCGCCGACACCGGCGCGGACGAGCACGAGGUCGUGGAGCGCAUAGAGAAGCUCGCGGAGAUUAACCCCAUGCUCGGCUUCCGGGGUUGCCGCCUCGCCAUCACCUACCCCGAGAUUGGCCGAAUGCAGGUUCGCGCGAUCCUCGAGGCGGCGGUGGCGGUGCAGGCGGAGGGCAAGGUUGUCAUUCCGGACAUCAUGGUCCCCCUCGUCGGCACUCUCGAGGAACUGAGGGAUCAGACGGCGAUGAUCCGAGAGACGGCGAAGGCGGUUUUCGAGGAGAAGGGCGCGGAGGUGGCGUACAGGAUCGGGACGAUGAUCGAGAUUCCCCGCGCGGCGCUCAUGUCAGAUCAGAUCGCGACCGAGGCGGAGUUCUUCUCCUUCGGCACCAACGACCUGACGCAGAUGACCUUUGGUUACUCUCGCGACGACGUGUCCAAGUUUUUGCCCACGUAUCUGGAGCGCGGGAUCCUCAAGCACGACCCUUUCCAGGUGCUGGACCAGGCGGGCGUGGGGCAGCUCAUCGAGACGUCGGUGCAGAGGGGCCGCGCGACGAGGCCGGAGCUCAAGGUUGGCAUCUGCGGGGAGCACGGCGGCGAUCCAUCCUCCGUGGAUUUCUUCCACCGCAAGGAUCUGGACUACGUGUCCUGCUCGCCGUUCCGCGUGCCGAUCGCGCGUCUGGCGGCGGCGCAGGCGGCGCUCAACAACUGAGCCCUCGACGGCGAGCGAGACGACGACAUCGAAUCAAUUCAUUUCAAUUCAUUUCAGCGUACAAAUC